AUGAUAAGACAAACUAGAUUAUUAAAAAAUGUUAAUAUUCGACUGCUAAACCUAGUUUUAUAUAAUGGUUUUCAUUCAGCUAAACAUUGUUAUCAAGAAAUAAAUAUCCCAUGGUAUUUAAGAGAAGAAAAUCAACCAAAAAUUGAAUCAAUAAACAGCAUCGAACUACCAACCAUCCCACCAAACAGUCCCAAUUCAAUGAAGGACAUUAUAAACUUAAUAGUUAAAGAUUACGGAUUAACUGACCUACUCAUCAUCGAUUUAUCUACUCUUCCUUUUUCACAUCCAAAGCAUCCAAAUAAUCAAAAUAAUGAAAAUUGGGUAAUUAUCUCCACUGGUAAAUCAGAAAGACAUAUUUAUAAAACAGCAUAUGAAUUAAAACAUUAUAUGAAAUCAAACCAUAGAAUUAAGACUAAAAUAGAAGGAAUGGUUUCAAAUUCAAUGUCACCAGUCCUAAGAAGAAGAUUAGCGAAAAGAGCCAAAAAAGGUAUGCCUUCCACGUAUAGUGAUUAUGGAAUAUUGGCUAAUACUUGGGUAAGAUGUGAUUUAAAUGAUGUUGUAUUACAUAUAUUAAGUCCCGAAAGAAGAUUAGAAUUAAAAUUGGAAGAAAUAUAUGGUGAAGAAAGUCAGGAUGUUCCUAUAAAUCAAGUUCAUACAAGUAUUGAUUCGGAUAAUAUAUUCCAUGGGAUAAGACAAUUUCAUACCACCACUAAAAGGAGUCUAAAUAUGAUUUAUGAUAAAUUUUUAAACAGUAGUCAGGAAAAUAUAGAGGCAUAUAAAAUUGAAUUUGACUCAAAAUUUACUGGGAAUAGUAUUGAAGAACACGAUUUAAAAUUUCAAAUCUAUAAAAUUAUCAACCUUCUAAAUGAGCAUUUAGUAGGUGAUCACGAAUUAGAAUCUGUAAUAUUCAACAAAUAUGAAUCAUUAAAUUUAAUCCUAAACGAGGACAUCAAUUGGAAUAAUCAAAUAAUUUCAGACACAAUCAAAUACAUGGAAUUAUUAAUCGAUUUAUAUUUAACACCAAAAGAGAAUAUGUCUAAAUUAUCACUAUUUUUAUCCAAGAUUUUGAAAUUUAGAUCAGAUGAGAUUAAUCUAUACUCAAUAGAUAAAUUUCAAUCCCUACUCUGGGCGUUAUCAAUAACUAACCAUGGCUUAACCUCCUCCGAUGUUGAAAAUUUAAUUCAAAAUCACAAACCCGACUUCACACCAAUAAAACUUACAUCAACGGAACAAGACAUUCAGGUUAUUCAAAACACUCGUAAAUUGAUUAAAGAUUAUAAUUUGGCAAAUAAUGGGGUUUUUCCAAUUUGGUUACGUGAAUUAAUUAUGUUAAGUUAUGGAAAUUUGAAAAUUAAUUAUUAUGGCAAACUGAAUUGGGAUCUUUUCUGGAAAGAAUGGAAUGGGAUAAUUGAAAAUAUAAAUGGUUCUAAUAUAGCUAUGAUUUAUUGGAUGAGAUUGAUUGUUUAUUUAACUAAAUUGAAUAAUGUAGAUGCCGUUAGAUAUCUAGCUGAAAAACAUUGGGAUGAUUUAGGUGUUGGUCAUUCCUUCACGAAUGAUUACAAAAAAGGGAAAUUGAAAGAUAAUGAAGAAAUGGUAUUAAAGAAGGCUUUGAAUGUUUUGAAUGAGCAACAUGGACAAAAGAGUUGGUUUAGAAAUAUUAAACAAUUUGUAGAUAGUAAAUAG